UAGACUGACGAACGUACAGUAAGCUGUCAAAAGCUUGUUGCUUAGCUUAAAUCUGUGCAGUGCUACAGUAAAGUAAAGAAGAAACGAGGUCGAAAUAACAAGCUGCGAUUCUAUGAACAGAGCAACACGUUAAUUGGGUGGUUGAACAGACCUUCCGGGAGCAGUUGACAUCUUGUUUUCGUUAAUGUUGACUGUCCGAGCUGGUGCGUGAUUGCUGUUUCCUUCUGGGAAAGCGGUUCAUCCGUGAUGAUGAGAUCACCAACAAAAGGUGCCUUCGAGAACACAUCCUGGACUUGAAGUUGGUCCGUCUGCAUUGAUUGACUCCAGCACCACUCUGAGCAACAACAAGCCCCUAAAAACGCUGAAAUAGAGCCACAGAUAAUAAUGACCUGAGAAUGUAUGACUAAAAUGACAAGUACUCAUUAAAUUCCCCCCUCACUUGUCUGAUAUUUAUGGCCACCAUCAUUUGUGGAGUAUACUCUUGAAUGUUUCAGGAGAAACAACAACACGUCUCCGGUGUUUCCUGUUUCUUUUUGAUGGGCGAUCUGUCAGUGAUUGGCCAGCCAUCUGAUCAUUGUGCUCCAGCUGAUGGAGGACUCGCCAGCCUGUUUUAAAAGAGGACUCUGCACAUAAAGCCAACCCUACAGCUUUUUUUUGGUGUAUGAGGCCCAAUAGAUUCACUUAAAACAUUUUUAAUUUAUGAUUAUAACCUUCGGUCAUGGCGUUGAACCUUUCUUCAGUACGAGACACAAAAUGGCUAACUCUGGAAGUGUGUCGACAGUUCCAGCGAGGAAACUGUUCACGCAGUGAUGAGGAAUGCAAAUUUGCUCAUCCACCGAAGAGCUGCCAAGUUGACAAUGGGAGAGUUGUUGCCUGCUUUGACUCACUGAAGGGCCGAUGCUCAAGAGAAAACUGCAAGUAUCUUCACCCACCUUCACACUUAAAAACCCAGUUGGAGAUAAACGGGCGCAACAACCUCAUCCAGCAAAAGACAGCGGCAGCCGUGCUCGCCCAACAGAUGCAGCUCAUGAUCCCGGGACCCAGCCUGCAGCCGACAUUUCAUGUUGCACAGGGACUGGGUACAAACACUGGUCUUGGCUAUGGUUCAUACAUGACACCUAUGAGCCACGGAAUGAGCCUCAUCCCAACAGACAACCUCUCCAGCAGCCAAGUUCUGCUUUCUGGGAGCCCUACUGUCACAGUCCAGAGCUCCUCCUCCUCCUCCUCCUCUUCUUCUUCUUCUCCCUCACAGAAGCUGCAGCGUACAGACAAACUAGAGGUGUGCCGUGAGUUUCAGCGUGGAAACUGUGCAAGAGGGGAGACAGAUUGCCGCUUCGCUCACCCCAGUGACAGCCCGAUGAUCGACACCACCGAUAACACUGUCACCGUUUGCAUGGACUACAUCAAGAGCCGCUGCUCCAGGGAGAAGUGCAAGUAUUUCCACCCGCCUGCGCACUUGCAGGCCAAGAUCAAAUCCAGUCAACAGCAAGGCAAUCACGCAGCCGUGGCAGCCCAGGCCGCAGCUGCAGGCAUGACUCAGUCGACUGCCAAAGCAAUGAAGCGAUCCCUCGAGGCAACUGUAGACCUGGCCUAUCCCUACAGCGUACCGCUACCAAAGAGACCAGCGUUUGAGAAGAGCAGCUGGGCCAGCUCUCUGCUCAGCCCCAGCUUUUUGCACUACCAACAGGCUCUGGCCAACUCGCAGCUGCAGCAGCAGCCCACAUUUUACCCGACAGGUUCUCUCUUCUGCAUGGGUCCCGGUAACAGCAUUGAUCAUCCUCAAGUAACCACCAGAAACGGAAGUCUGUGCCGUGUCGCUGCCGUUAAAGACGCCAAACAACUGCUCUGUAAAUAUUCUGUCAACGCCACACACAACCUGCAACUAGCUGCAUGCCGAUAACGCCACCGAUGGAAAACGUUGGAGACGUUACUUUGAUCUCUCAUAAUAAAUUUACAUAGCUCAGUUACUAGGAUUAUACUGUGUUAUAAGAUUGUCACAGAAGAUCAUUGUAUGCACGCACCUUUGCACCCGCAUUAACAUGCAUCCUCAGUAACGUGCUUAAUAUCCGGGUUUCUAUUUCCUAAACUAAUUCUGACACGCUCAGAAGUGCAUUUAGCCUCUUAAUUAGUUUGCAUAUAAGAGCCUCAUUCAUUAAAGUUACCUUUUCUGGACAAAUCCAACCAGGAAACACAUGGAAAUUAAACAAAAACAGGCAGUAUAGACACAGUAGUAACUCCUUAAUAUGAUAAGAUAAUAUAAUAUGAUAUGGAAACAAACGGACAAUAAUAAUUUUGUAAAUAUUACAAGAGGAAAAGAUGAGCAGGACAGAUCUAAUCUACAAAGCAUACAUGUUAAAACCAGGUGAAAAGGAGUCCUAUAUGAGAGAUUGUUUAAAUUGUACCUUAUUUUUCCUUUUGUUGAAUGUGUAAUGUAAACUUGUUUUUAUUAAUGAUUGUGUAUCUAGUGCCAGCUUUAAUUAUUUCAAACUAAAUAGUUUCCUUUAGAUUGUGGUUAGUCCAUCCGUCUCGUUCACCCUGUCAGCCUCAGAGAACAGGAUCAGUGCUCCACCUCCUGGUGUGCCUUUGCAUUGCAUAUACAGUAUUUAAAUACUGUAUCAUCCAUUUGCUGCAGAUACUUUUCCUUUUAAGGCAGUAAAGCAACGAUGAUUCAAACAUUUCGAUUUUAUCCUCUUUAUUAUAAAAAAAGACAAAUAAGCAAACUGUCCGACUUCAAUUAGACAACAUUUGCGGCGUACGGACUGGCCUAACAUUACCACCGGUCUCACAUUACUCUGUGAAACCGGCUCCUGAAGCAGAACAUGUUUUUGGGAAGAUCCUCCGCAGCCAAUCGAAGUUACCCUUAAACGAAACGGGUGUUAAAUUACCACCGUUUAUAUUCAAACUAGAGUUCCUGUAAUCGUAGUAAUCGUAUAAGGGGAGGAGUUGUGUAACUGUUAGUCUUAAUGUUACAAUCAGUUGUCAGUACUGUAAUAUUUGAAUGUUAUAAGUGCCUGAAGAAUUGUACAGAUGAGGAUAUCCGUGCAUAUUUAAAAAGGCUUUGUGUGAAAAAAAUCACUUCAUUAAAUCCACUCUUACUUAAGUCACAGUUAAGACGGAAAGCUUUGUCAGCGCAUUAGUUGAUUUAACUUUCGCUGACGCUCACGUUUGUGUGUGUGUGUGUGUGUGUGUGUGUGUGUGUGUGUGUGCUAUGUAUGAGAGUUAACAUCCAGCUUCAUUUCAUCCACUUUUAAGAAGAUAAGUGCUUCAUGCACGGCUAAAUACUUUAUGUAGUAAAGUAGAAUUUAAGGAGGUUAAGUUAAGUUUGUUCGGUACCACAUUAUGCAAUGGCCCUGCUUUGUUUGAAACUGACAGCAGACAGACUGGGUAUUGUGUCUGGUUAGGAGAAAAACAAAAAGAUGUAAAUCACUCGUAUAUGUUGCUUUCUCUUCGACACACAGUUUUAGUUCCCUGUUCUGUCUUUUCAACCGUUUUCUUUUUAAAGAAAACGGUGUGUGUGUACACUUUUGUGUGAUUAAUCCACCAAGACAUGUUUCAUUUGUUCACUUUUCUUUUUUUUUCCCUUCAUACAUGAUUAGUUGGAAUAUAAGGAGUAUACUUGCAUAUGUUAAUAGUUCAACAUUAGAAAAAGAACACUUUUAAAAAUGUAAUCUCUUCUAUUUUAUGAUGAAUGUAAUUUAUUAAAGCGACGUUAGCUCUGCUGGAGGUUCCUCAAAGGGCCGCCAUCUGUUGUGUUAGCCUACGAUAAGCCGUCUUGUGUCCGGGGAUCGAACGUCGGAGCGCGGAGAAGCUCGAGACGUUUCGUCCCUGUCACCGCCUUGUCACCUGAGAGGGACAACAGCCUUUUGUCCGAGCAAGGCCAUAGAAUUGCUUUUUAAUGUACAAAAAGGCCACAUUUUACGGAAAAGUAACUUUCAUAAUAGUGUAAUAAUAGUUUGUCAUCUAAUUGUGUUGUUGAGGCGAUCUGAAGUUGCAGUGAUUAAAAACGAUGUUUGUAAGGGAUUGAGAUGAUUUUUCCUCCUCACAGAAACACAUUAGAUUGUACUGUCGGAUACGUUUAAUGCCAUGGUGAAACACUGUAAGUGAUCCAGUGCAUGAGAAUAUAUUUUGAAAUGUUGAGUUUUGUGUUUUAUAUGGGCACCACUGCAUGUUAACAUCUUGCAGCAGACGUAUAAUCCACCCACGAGAGAGUCUGAUCAGAUGAUCUGGAGUUUAAGGUUCACAGCAGCUGUUUGAACCUUCAUUCUCUUUUCAAAGUUUAGGUUUAUUAUUAGAUCGAUGAGAUGUUUUCCCUUAUUUAUUUUACCUGCGAAUAAAAGGCGUCGAGCCGAAUGUUUGUUUCACCUUUUUGGCAAAUAAGCUUGAAAGUCGUGGAUACACCUGCACAUGGAAGUUGUUUGAGAUUUGGAUCAGAAAGAUGUGGACAGUAUUAGAAUGUUUGGUCGGACUGACUUAAGCACCUUCUCAACCGUCGGACUGAGAGGACAUGCUUUUUGUGAACUUUGCCUUAUCUUUAAUCUACUCCUGAAUUUGUAUUUGUUUAGUAAUUAUUAGUUCUAUAUUGUCUAAUAAGUAAAAUACAUUUAACUGAUCUUUUUCUGUGAUAUUAUUGCUAGACAAGUUUUGAGUUUGAGGCCAAAAUGACAGUUUGUAAAAUAAACUCCCAAAACUAUCCUGAUAGGACCGGCUACAGUGCUCGUUAGAUUACAUCACACCACGAAAUAUGCCGGUCCUGAAUAUAAACUGUCCCCUCUUCUUCUUAUUCUUCUUCUUUUCUUUUGUUUUUUUUUUAACUUACUUGGGGAAAUUAUUUUAUUUGUGUAUAAUUAAACAUUUCAUGUUGAUAGUUCUGCUUCUGUAAAUUCCAAAUUGUGUAAUAUCUAAUAUUGCAAAUAAAUAAAUGUCAAUUAAAUGCUG